CUCCAACCGCAGAGAGCCUGGCACAACUAACACAGAAACAAAAACCAAGAAAUGCCUCACUGCACAAACAAAGAACUGGUACUUGGCAUCAUGGUAGGAACUGCUGGAAUCAGCUUGCUGCUUUUGUGGUACCACAAGGUCGGUAAACCAAGGAUAGCAAUGAAUUUACCUAAAUUUCUUUCUCUGGGUAAAACAUUUGAUUCGAUAACUUUGCAAGAUGAAAUGUAUAGUGACCAAGGAACAGCAGUGAUCUUUCAAGAAAGGCAACUUCAGAUACUGGAGAAGUUAAACGAAUUACUGACGAAUAUGGAAGAACUCAAAGAGGAAAUUGGAUUUCUUAAAGAAACUAUUCCAUAGCUGGAGGAAUAUAUACAAGGGGAACUUGGAGGGAAGAUAACUGUUCAUAAGAUAAGUCCUCAGCACAGAGCUAGGAAAAGAAGGCUCCCUACAGUUCAAAGUUCAACAACAAGUAAUAGUUCAGAGGAAGCAGAAAGUGAAGGAGGGUAUAUUACAGCUAAUACUGAUACAGAAGAACGGAAUUUUCCAAUCUCUAAAUCAUUUAACGCACAUGUAGAAGAAUUAAAGUUAGAUGUCCUUCUUCAGAAGGCAGAUCAUUUACGUAUGGACGAAUCUGGCAAGUUGGAGAGUUUUGAACUACUUUGUGACCACAAAGAAAAAUUUAGAGAUGAAAUAGAGUUUAUGUGGCGGCUUGCUCGUGCUUAUGGAGACAUGUAUGAGCUAUCUACAAAUACACAAGAAAAGAAACAUUAUGCUAAUAUUGGAAGAACUUUAAGUGAAAGAGCUAUUACUAGAGCACCCAUGAAUGGACACUGUCAUUUGUGGUAUGCAGUUUUGUGUGGCUAUGUAUCUGAAUUUGAGGGCUUACAAAACAAAGUCAACUAUGGACAUCUCUUCAAAGAACAUCUAGAUAAAGCAAUCCAACUUUUGCCUGAGGAAUCCUUUUUGUAUUACCUCAAGGGAAGACACUGUUAUACUGUAUCAAAACUGAGCUGGAUCGAGAAAAAAAUGGCUGCUACUCUGUUUGGAAAAAUACCAUCUUCAACUGUACAGGAAGCUUUGCAAAAUUUCCUUAAGGCUGAAGAGCUAUACCCUGGUUAUUCUAAUCCCAAUUACCGGUACUUGGCAAAGUGUUAUAUUGAUAUUGAGGAAAAACAGAAUGCUUUGAAGUUCUGUAAUUUGUCAUUAUUGCUCCCUUGUGUUACCAAAGAGGAUAAAGAGGCACAGCAAGAGAUAAAAAAAAUAAUCGCUUCCUUGAAGAGGUAAAUAAAAGAACUUACUCUUCAACAAAUAAGAUGUGGUCUACUAAAAUUUAAACUAAUCAAAAUUGAGUUUUUAUUAUCCCUUUUUUCUUUUUUGAUGUAAGGGUAAAUGUGCUCAGAUUUGAAGGUAAAACCAUGUUUCUCCAGAAUGUAUUCCACUAGUAGCACUACAAAACUAAUCAUGUUAUUUGGAGAAUCUAUUUACUGUAAUGUCAGUACAUAAUAAUCUAUAGACAUGUAUGCUUUAUAUUUUUCCUAUCAAUAAACAAUAGCCUUCAGAAUAUUUCUUUAAAUAAAAUAUUUAAAUC